AUGGUGUUGACCCGGGCCGGCCGCGCUAGGGCCGCAGCAGGACAUCCCACCCCGCCGCCACCGCGUACCUCAUCCUCUGGCUCGUCGUCACAUACUCCAUCACCCAACCAGCGCACGCCUCCGCCGGAUAGGAACCAAUAUAAGCAAACGGUGAUGAGGGAGCUGAACCUGAUGCAGGGACUGGCUGGCCAAUUGCUUCAAGACGGCCCCGCGGAUACCUUCUUAAAGAGCGGUGACUGCGUGCUGGGCUACACGUGCGAGGUCGCGAACGGACGGCACGUCGGCCCCUACACUUAUACCUGGAGUACUGCUCAACCUCUCAACAUAACGGUCGAGCAUUUCCUCUUGAUGAGAGGUCUUGAGACCUGGGAGCGGCGCAACGACGCACGUUGCUGUGCGUGCCAUUCGAAAGACCUCCAUUACCACGUUGGCCUUUUUGCCGUAUGCCAGCGGUGCGGAUUUGCCGCAAUGAGAUGGAAAGGAGUUAAUAAACGUUGCAAUGAUCAUCAGGUGCACAAAGACAACCGACGCAACAUAUUCGAACCACUGGUCUACGAAGGCGGCGACCGCUGCAACGAGUGUCUCCUUUACCGAUGCAUUUUGUUUGGGUUCAAGCCGCUGGGCCGCGGGUUCAGCGUAUGUAUCACGUGUACCCGAGGAGGGCCGAUGACCUAU